AUGCAGCAAAUCCGGAUCCAGGUAGAAAAACACGGGCAUGUCGACCGUCUCGCCGGCGUUGAGCCUCUGCUCCUCGAAGCAGAAGCACUGAAUCUUGCUAAAGUACGGCGCGACCUGCGCGGGCGUGACGCUGCCAGGGCCGUCUCGCCCGGGAGGACGCGCACCUCGCGCUGCUGUGGCACAAACUUCCACGGCAGAACGUCCGACACGCACGCGUUGAACGUCACCUUGAUCCGCUUCGCGCUCGUCACGGGCUUGAGCCGCUCCGAGAGCUCCAUCUCGUCGUCACCCGAGGGACCGUGA